UUUACAGAAACUCCCGGGCAGGACUUUGUGACGUUUGACUAUCGCCUCCGCUACUAUCCCAGCAUCACCUACGCCGUCAUCGGCAGCGCCGUCAUCUUCGUCCUGGUGGUGGCUCUGCUGGCCUUGGUCCUUCACCACCAGAGGAAACGGAGCGUCCUGUUGCCAAGAGGAGUGAGAGGGAGCUCCCACAGCCACCAUCACCACCAGCCGCUCCUCUUGUCCCGCCUGGUCAUCCUUGACCGAGGCCACGUGCACGCGGCGGGCCCGGGUCUCUCCCCUGGCUCUGCCAGUGCGACAGGCCAGUGCGGCUCAUCAUCACAGGCGCUGCAGUUCCUGUCUGGAACGCCUUAUCCCUCCACGCUCUCCAUGGACUCGCCUCCGUCAUACUCAGAGGCUGUUCUGGAUGUCAGUCGACCUCCAUGGUUUGAUCUCCCUCCUCCACCUUACCUUCAAGAUGGAGAACUUCCUUCAGAAGGCGAGCUUCCUCAAUACGACGGUCCGCAGAGCCCUGAGAACCCCUCUACAUGCCACCCGUCAGCACCCUCCACAUCCUUAAAUGUGGCCUCAGGAAAGCAGUCGAGUGUCGACCCCACAGAGGAGUCAGACCAGCUGUAGCCCCUCUCCUUUAGACUCUGCUGUAGGUCUGGGAGCCUGCAGGACGUAUGCAUUUGGCUGCAGGGUCAGACGUAGGCAAAGACCUAGUUGAGGAAAUUCAACAAUCAGUGAAAGACUUAAGUGUCCUCAACCAGCUGCCUAAAAAUCAGUUUGUUGACUGGCUGACUGAGCUUGUAUGAUGGCUCCCCCUGUUGGCAUGCUGGCUACAUUACACUGUGGUCUGCUUUGUUUUCAUCAGUUGAUUUGGAGUCAGCUAAACUCAACUGAAUUGUGCCCCCUGUUGAAGAGAAAGUGUGGGUUUUACCUACCAGUGACCAUUGCCUGCAUCUGUAAUGAUGAAAAUCCUAAUCAGCCACUCAUCAACAAAUCUCUGCAGUGAUUGGUGUGAAAUGGAACUAAUGGAAAACAUAAUAUUCUGCUGAUAUUUCUAAUUGAUCAUUCAAAAUGAUCGAAAAAAAAGAUCAGCAGAGGUUCAUUUUCUUUAUUGUUUGUUACAAAGGUACCUGGUGUUAUUUGAUUGAAAUUCCGGAUUAAAAUGUAAAUGUAAAAAGGACCAUUGGGAUGUUCCAAAUUUAGUUUUUACCUUGAGUUUGACAAAUCAUUCCUUUAAGCCGAAAAGCCACAUCUGAAGGGCUAAACGUGCUUCUCUUUCAUAUCUGUCUGAAGACCAAUUAUUCUCUUAGGUGAAGGCAAAAUAACUGAUACAUAGGAUUUUGUCGAGCCCUUUUCCUUUGCUGGUACGUUUGUAAAACGUUUGUAAAAAUGUAUCUUUGGGCACAAACUGCCUGUUUAAAGCAAACAAGAACAGCAGCCUGAUCUGACAUAUUAGAUUGAACAGUGAACUUAUGAGAUGAUUAUACUUUUUCUUUUUUAAAUUUCAAAAUGAUGUACAUAACUAAUUGUGUGUGUCUUUUGUAGUUUUAGAGUGGACUGUUAAGUUACUGUUGAAAUGCAUAUCUGAAGGAUCUGUGUUCUUUUGUGGUGUAUUUAACACUGUACAUAUGAGAUGCGCUGGCAAAUAAAUCUAUUUAAAGCAGAUAACCACUUUGUGUGUAAGUUGAUGGAUAGAAUUGUAACAAGUAGAAAGCAGCUGUGAUUUGCAUCUUUAUUUUUUCUGCAAACUGUAGCGAUAACAAAGGUACAGAAAGAAAUAAACAAUCAAACCAAAGAACAAGAUCACUUCUGCUUUUGCAAUGUAUUACCAACCAAAGGAACAAUUAUGUUUUUGUGCCUUCAUUUUAGAAACACGUUUUAAUGCUUGUGUUAUGCAGAAUUCAUGCCAUUUGCUGUAAAACUGGAAAGUAUUUCUCAGGACAAAACAACAUCAGCAUUUAUAUUUUGGUUUUGAUUUAAAGAACACUUAUUUUUGUGUAAAUCUUGUCUGAUUUGCUGUCACGUGUUUGUGAAUUUGUCCACUGUAGUCCUGCUUUCAAGUAAUACAAAUUUCUGACUCU